AAAACAAUCGAUCGUAGAGUCUCUACUCGCACAGUUAUUCAAUACACUUAAAAUUGAAAAAAGUUUCGUUCUCGAUUUUGAACAAUGAAUCUUACCACAGAUCACGAUGAGCCAGACACUGAAUGGGAUGGCAUGAUCAAAGAGCGCACACCAUGGUUAAAGGAGAAACGAUUCUCUAAUGCUUAUUUGAUAAUCGAUCUCGCUCUUAAAUCUGGGUUCUUGUUGUGUUUUGCGUUGCUCGUGAUGAUGAUGUCAGCACCUGCUCACCAGAUGGGAAGGGAAUCCGUUGCGGUGACUAAUGACAUUCAAGCUUCUUCUUUGGAAAGUAUGGUGGAAAACUUUGUUAAGAACGGGGAUCAUGCAGGUGUGGCCAAAGCAACUGUGGCAUUCUCCACUUGGGCAACAGUAUCAACAGUCUACAUGAAUAAUGCUGGAGAGAGCGACGAAAGUCCUUAUCCGUUUGGCCAGGCAACCGCGGUGGGCUAUAUCGAAAAGGAAGGUUCUUACGCCCAACCCUGUAUGUUUAUGACCCCGAUGGAUACCUCAAUGCGACAUAUGUCCAAGAACAGUGCAAUCUCUCUGACCUACUCCUUAGUAGAUACACCUUAUUGCCAGAACCGAAAUUUGGAUGUUGAAGAUCCAAGAUGUGUGCACGUUACGCUCACAGGACGUAUGCGACAGCUAUCCGAUGCAGAUGAUAUCGCAGCUGCUCGGGAGUCUCUCUUUAGUGCUCACCCUGUGAUGAAAGAAUGGCCAUCUGACCAUGGGUUCGUUUUUAUUGUUCUUGACAUCGAAUCCCUCUGGAUCCUAGACGCAUUUGGAGGCGCGAAAAAUCUGAAUGCUCCAGAAUUUGAAGCGGCAAAACUGCCAGUGGUGUAGCGCUCCAGCCGGAAACUACAACAUUAGCAAAAAUCGCGUGAUGUUCUAGCUAUUUAGUUAAACUCCCAACUGCAGUGUCAGAUUGUAGGAUGUCUGCCGACUUGGCGUGCGAGUCUCCCAUUUCAGUGAUACAAAUGAUACGAGCUUCCGACUAUAUGAUAAAGUAUAGUCCUCAAUUGCAAUACCUAGAUGUCUUACUGAACACGAUUGUGCGUUGCAAGUCUGAAAAGUCACUGCCGACUGAUAUUGCUUGUGACUAUUGAGAGAACCUUCAAUUGACGAGUAUUAUAGAUAACACUAGAAUGAUCCAAGCGUAGCAUCAUUUUUUUGCCAACUCAUCGUUUUGCACGCUCCACACUGCGGAGCCACCAUUUUGUCGUGGUCGCACUGCCUACAGCGACUCACCCAGAGCAACAACUCUACAUAUCCUCCACUGAUAUAAUUAUAUCGAAGUACGUCGUAUCAACUUGUUUAAAACCCACUAUUAAAAUACACAUUCAAAUAUACUCUCGAA